AUGGGGUUCAUAGUUUCUCAAUCUGAUACCGGUCUAUUUGUGAAAUAUGAUCGAGUUGAUGUUAUUUCAUUAUUACUUUAUGUUGAUGAUAUAAUCCUAACUGGUUCUAGUCCUGAGAAGGUUCAAACAAUUAUUCAAGAGUUAAGGGAUGUGUUUGAUCUCAAGGAUAUGGGCAAACUGUCAUAUUUCUUGGGACUGGAGGUUAAAUACAAAGCAAAUGGGGAUAUUUUUCAUAGUCAGUCUAAAUAUGCUAAAGACUUGCUGCACAAGGCAAGUAUGGACAGUUGCAAGUGUGUGAAUACAUCGUGUAGACCUCAUACUCAGUUUCUUGAUUCAGAAGGGAUACCUUUAUCUGAUCCUACAUUAUGUAGGAGUUUGGUGGGAGUUUUGCAAUACCUCACAUUUACAAGACCUAAUUUGGCAUAUGUUGUUAAUGCUGCUUGUCAAUAUAUGAACAAUCCUACUGAUGUGCACUCUGAUAUGGUCAAAAUAAUCCUAAGAUAUAUGCAAGGUACUAUCAACUACAGUCUCACUUAUUCAACCUCAGCAGUACUACAAUGGGUGUUGCCAUGUCAGCUUAUAUAG